AGCAAAACAAAACAAAAGUUGCAAUUCAAAAUGGAGAAGCACAGCGUGAUCCUUAUCUCCUUCUUUUGCUUCUUAUCACUUUUCGGUUCUGCUUAUUCUAAUGAACGCUUCUAUAUUGAGGGCAAAGUAUACUGUGACACAUGCCGCCUCCAGUUCAUCACCAAGCUCUCCGAGUUCCUUGAAGGUGCAACUGUGAGAGUUGAAUGCAAGGAACAAGAGGGAGGCAACGUUACUUUCAGCAAAGAGGCAGUGACUGACUCUAACGGAAUCUAUAAACUGGAGGUGGACGGUGACCACGAAGAUGAGUUAUGCGCCGUGAAGCUGGUGAAGAGCCCAAGGAGCGAUUGCUCAGAAGUUGACUCAGAGUUGCACCUUGACCAAUCUGCAAGGAUCAGCAUCACCAACAACAAUGGAAUCGUUUCCCCUUACCGCCAGGCCAACCCUCUCGGUUUUCUCAAGAAGGAACGUCUUCCUGAUUGUGCUAAGAUCCUCAAGGAGCUUGGAAUUCGUGAAGAUGGUACCCCCAAGAAUGAUUAAGCAUCACACUUUAAUUUCAUAUCCCCCUUCUCGCACUUCUUGGCUUUAAUAAAUGACGAGGGGCUUUUUUUUCUUUCAUUCUUUCCUUUUAUUAGAAUCACACGAACUGUAAUGAUAUAAUAUAAGGU